CUUACUUUUCUGUAGAGAGAGUCACACACACAGACGACGGUUGAUUUCACGGAGAGCCGAUCGGGCAGGUUAUAAGGUUAUUGAUCGGCUGAUAUGGCGGAGGAGAAGGAGAGGAAAGGAGAUGGAAAGCACAAGUAUAGCAUAAUCGUUCCUACCUACAACGAGCGCCUCAAUAUCGCCCUCAUCGUCUACCUCAUCUUCAAGCAUCUCCGGGAUGUUGAUUUUGAGAUAAUUGUUGUGGAUGAUGGGAGUCCUGAUGGCACACAAGAAAUCGUCAAGCAACUUCAGCACUUGUAUGGUGAAGACCGCAUUCUUCUAAGAGCUCGAGCCAAGAAGCUUGGUUUGGGAACUGCGUAUAUCCAUGGUUUGAAGCAUGCUACAGGUGAUUUCGUCGUAAUCAUGGAUGCUGAUCUUUCGCAUCAUCCAAAGUAUUUACCAAGUUUCAUCAAGAAACAACUAGAGACAAAUGCAAGUAUAGUAACGGGUACACGAUAUGUGAAAGGUGGUGGUGUACACGGGUGGAAUCUUAUGCGUAAACUCACAAGCAGAGGAGCGAAUGUGCUAGCUCAAACACUUUUAUGGCCUGGUGUAUCUGAUUUAACCGGAUCCUUCCGGCUAUACAAGAAAUCUGUGCUUGAGGACGUGAUAAGUUCAUGUGUGAGUAAAGGUUAUGUCUUUCAGAUGGAGAUGAUUGUUCGUGCUACCAGAAAAGGAUACCAUAUUGAAGAGGUGCCGAUCACUUUUGUGGAUAGAGUCUUUGGAACUUCGAAGCUGGGAGGAUCUGAAAUAGUGGAAUAUCUAAAAGGGCUCGGCUAUCUUCUCCUAACGACUUAAAGAGACACCAAGCAGCUCAACACACGCAUGAAUCUUUCUUUAUACUCGUCUCUUAACACCUGAACUCUGAUCCAUGUCUUUUAGAACUUCACUUCAGCUUUGACUACGGAGACAUAGUUUUGCCUCUUUCAAAGACUAAGGUUCAUGUCAUUGACAUUGUUCGUUUUGAAUGCUAUACUCUCUCUACCUUAGGUAAUAGACUUAUAUUCUGGUAA